GUUGGUGAGAAACAAGACACUACUGCCUAGGAAGAUGGUGGCAGAGAAAGAGACACUAAGCAUAAGCAAAUGCCCAGACAAGAUGCCGAAGAGGACCAAGCUGCUGGCCCAGCAGGCGCUCCCGGUGCACCAGCCGCAUGCCCUGGUCUCCGAGGGCUUCACGGUCAAAGCCAUGAUGAAAAACUCGGUCGUGAGAGGCCCCCCCACUGCAGGGGCAUUUAAAGAAAGACCAACGAAGCCCACAGCAUUUAGAAAAUUCUAUGAGAGAGGAGACUUCCCAAUCGCCCUGGAGCAUGACACCAAAGGAAACAAAAUCGCCUGGAAGGUGGAAAUUGAGAAGCUGGACUUCCAUCAUUACCUGCCUCUGUUCUUUGAUGGACUUUGUGAAAUGACAUUCCCCUACGAGUUUUUCGCUCGGCAAGGAAUCCACGACAUGCUGGAACACGGAGGCAACAAGGUCCUUCCUGUCAUCCCGCAGCUCAUUAUCCCGAUAAAGAAUGCUCUGAAUCUGCGGAACCGACAGGUCAUCUGUGUCACGUUGAAGGUCCUCCAGCACCUGGUGAUGUCCACGGACAUGGCGGGCGAAGCCCUGGUGCCUUAUUAUCGCCAGAUCCUCCCAAUCCUGAACAUCUUCAAGAACAUGAAUGUGAACUCGGGGGACGGCAUCGACUACAGCCAGCAGAAGAGGGAGAACAUCGGGGACCUGAUCCAGGAGACGCUGGAGAUCUUCGAGCGCUACGGAGGGGAGGACGCGUUCAUCAACAUCAAGUACAUGGUCCCCACCUACGAGUCGUGCAUGCUUAACUAG